AUGUCAUAUCAACAAUUCAUUCAACAAUCGAUUCAAAAACUACGUGACGGAGCUCCAUUACCUCAGUACUUUGGGUGCCUUUCGGCAACAGUAAUACAAAGAAUACCUGAAUCGUAUAUUAACGAAACAAAUGAGCAAUUACCAAAAGAAAAUCAAUAUAACUUUAAACCGCAAAAACAAGAGAAAGCUGAAGUACAGAGGAAGAACAAUUUUUCAAAUAACAGCGAUUAUUCGGAUGCAGAGGAUUCUGCUCUUUAUCAUAAAAUGAAUCAUCCAAAUUCAAAUCAAUAUAAAUCACCAUCUGAAUAUAAGAGAGAAAAUAUUUCAAGAGAUAUUCAAGAAGAAGAAGAGGAAGAAGAAUAUGAACCAGAAUUACCGAAGAAAAUGCCUGCAAAAUUACUUUUAUCUAGUGAUGAUGAAAAUGAUAUACCAAAACCACAAGCAGAUCUAUUCCAAAAGAAUCAAAAUGAAUCAAGGUCUUCAAAGAGUUCACUUAACAACCAAAAACUUCCAAAUCAAUCAGAAUCUAGCAUCAGAUCAUCGAGAAAUUCUAUCAAUAAUGAAAAAUAUUCAAUUCAAUCAGAAUCAAAUAUUAGAUCUUCAAUUCAAUCCCAAAACUCAAAAGUUAAUGAUUCAAUUUCGAGGUCAUCCGUUAGAAGUCAAAAUACGCCAUCUCAAAUUCAACAAAAUAGUUCAAUUUCAAAGAAAUCAGAUUCUGGAGUGAAAUCACCAGAAAAGGGUCUUUCUCCACCACCAAGACGUACAAAUCUUGAGAUAACAGAAGGAUCAGAGAUCCAACAACCAAAACGUAGAUCCAAAUUCCUAAUGUCUUCAUCAGAUGAUGAAAUUAAAGAAAAAGAUAGUGAUUUUAUGGUACCUCCAAAGCUCGAUCCAAUUGGAACAAGGAUUAAUAAUGAACCUGUUGAUAUUUCCCCAAUUAACAAAGUUUCUUCGCCUAAAACAAAUAUUUCAUCUCCAAUUUCCAUUUUGCAGUCCGCUGUUAAGACUAUUGAACCUGUUUGCAAGCCUCUCAAGAUGGAUUACGAAGCAGCCUUCAAGAAAACUAUCACUUCAACUUAUUCUUCUUUCUGGCCUCCAUACGACACAAACAUUGCCAGAGUUAUUCCAACAUCAAAAAUUUAUAAUAUGCAACCAUCGAAAUAUCCCAAGCUUAUAAAGACAAUCGAGGCUAAACUUAAGACACACGAAAAAGGAAAGAUUGCUUUUUCACGUAGAGAAGCAACUGAAAUUGAAGAAGAAGAAUUUUCCGACAAUUUCUAA